GCCCUCCCUCCGCCCCGAGAGGCUCGAAGCCCGGGUGUCAGGCGCCACGGCGCAUGCUCCGGACUCAUCCUCUGGCCCCGGAGCUGCUGCUGCUGCUGCUGCUGCUGCUUUUGCUUUUGGGGCUGAGUUUAAUAAGCGAGCUAGAGAGCGAGCACGGGGUGGGGUGGGGGCAAAGGCAGAGCAUGUCCGCCAUCUACCCUCAGCUCCCGGGCGCGCUCUCAUUCAUAGCAGCCUCUUCAUGAAUUACAGCUGAAGGGGGCGGGGGAGGGGGGGUACCACACAACACCCCGGCAAACCUCCGGGCCCCCAGGCAUGGCUAGCUCGUGUGCCGUGCAGGUGAAGCUGGAGCUGGGGCACCGCGCCCAGGUGAGGAAGAAACCCACAGUGGAGGGCUUCACCCACGACUGGAUGGUGUUCGUGCGCGGCCCGGAGCACAGUAACAUUCAGCACUUUGUGGAGAAAGUCGUCUUCCACUUGCACGAAAGCUUCCCUAGGCCAAAAAGAGUGUGCAAAGACCCACCUUACAAGGUAGAAGAGUCCGGGUACGCUGGCUUCAUAUUGCCAAUCGAAGUUUAUUUUAAAAACAAGGAAGAACCUAAGAAAGUCCGCUUUGAUUAUGACUUAUUCCUGCAUCUUGAAGGCCACCCACCAGUGAAUCACCUCCGCUGUGAGAAGCUGACUUUCAAUAACCCCACAGAGGACUUCAGAAGAAAGUUGCUGAAGGCAGGAGGGGACCCUAACAGGAGCAUUCAUACCAGCAGUAGCAGCAGCAGCAGCAGCAGUAGCAGCAGCAGCAGCAGCAGCAGCAGUAGCAGCAGCAGCAGCAGCAGUAGCAGCAGCAGCAGCAGCAGUAGCAGCAGCAGCAGCAGCAGCAGCAGCAGCAGUAGUACCAGUUUUUCAAAGCCUCACAAAUUAAUGAAGGAGCACAAGGAAAAACCUUCUAAGGACUCCAGAGAACAUAAAAGUGCCUUCAAAGAACCUUCCAGGGAUCACAACAAAUCUUCCAAAGACUCCUCCAAGAAACCCAAAGAAAACAAACCACUGAAAGAAGAAAAAAUAGUUCCUAAGAUGGCCUUCAAGGAACCUAAACCCAUGUCAAAAGAGCCAAAAGCAGACAGUAACUUACUCACCGUCACCAGUGGACAGCAGGAUAAGAAGGCUCCUAGUAAAAGGCCCCCUGUUUCAGAUUCUGAAGAACUCUCAGCCAAAAAAAGGAAAAAGAGUAGCUCGGAGGCUUUAUUUAAAAGUUUUUCUAGUGCGCCCCCACUGAUACUCACUUGUUCUGCUGACAAAAAACAGAUAAAAGAUAAAUCUCAUGUCAAGAUGGGAAAGGUCAAAAUUGAGAGUGAGACUUCAGAGAAGAAGAAGUCGACAUUGCCACCGUUUGAUGAUAUCGUGGAUCCCAAUGACUCAGACGUGGAGGAGAACAUGUCCUCGAAAUCUGACUCAGAGCAACCCAGCCCUGCCAGCUCCAGCUCCAGCUCCAGCUCCAGCUUCACACCAUCCCAGACCAGGCAACAAGGUCCUUUAAGGUCGAUCAUGAAAGAUCUGCAUUCUGAUGACAACGAGGAGGAGUCUGAUGAGGCAGAGGACAAUGACAAUGACUCUGAGAUGGAAAGGCCUGUAAAUAGAGGAGGAAGCCGAAGUCGCAGGGUCAGCUUGAGUGACGGCAGUGACAGUGAAAGCAGCUCUGCCUCUUCCCCUCUCCAUCAUGAACCCCCGCCGCCAUUAUUGAAAACUAACAACAACCAGAUUCUUGAAGUGAAAAGUCCAAUAAAACAAAGCAAAUCAGAUAAGCAAAUAAAGAAUGGUGAAUGUGACAAGGCAUACCUAGAUGAGUUGGUAGAACUCCACAGAAGGUUAAUGACACUGAGGGAAAGACACAUUCUGCAGCAGAUCGUGAACCUUAUAGAGGAAACUGGACACUUUCAUAUUACAAAUACAACAUUUGAUUUUGAUCUUUGCUCGCUGGACAAAACUACAGUCCGUAAAUUACAGAGUUACCUGGAAACAUCUGGAACAUCCUGAGGAUACAACAACUGGACGCAUCAAAAACUAUUUUUUUUUGGUUGUGAUUUUUUUCGUUGUUGUUGUUUAUAUGAAAACACUCAGAAUGAAACAACCAAAAGGGAAAAAAUAAAAAUGAAACAACCUUCAGCUUUAUUUUUCUUUAAAGCCAGUCAUCAUCUCUUGAUAAAGGAGAGGUUACCUAAACCAGCCUCAGCGGACACUCCUCUGCAAGGAAAUCUCCAGGAAGAAUUAGCCUGGAUAGCCUUGAAAACAAGCAGACACAACACAAGAAAACCUAAAGAAUGUGUAUGGUACCGUGGAUCUUUCUGUGGUGGUUCAUUCCACAGGAUGAAUGCAUAUUCAACACACUGCCUUAUUACAUAACUGAUCUAUUUAUUACCACAUACAGAUAAAAUUGUGAGGGAAUGACACCACCAGACAUCCUAAGUACUCAGUCCCGCGGAUGCUCUUUCAAUGCAGCGCCCUUGCCGUCCCAAGCCCAGUGACCUUAUUCGUAUACUGUGCCACUCUCCACCGACUCUUCCCACGUCCUCUAACUUGUUGCAGUCUCUGGUUUCCACCUUUGUUUUCCCAGUUCCAGGACAUAGUUAUCAACUGGGGGGACCAAAUAGCCACCUUGAUUUUCUUCCUUGUGGUCUUCUUUCCUAUAAAGGUUGAGGCCCAGUCCUUGGCUGUAUCCAUGUAAUGAUCUUGGACAUGGUAGAUGUACCAAAUAGGAUCAUUUGAAUUGCUGUCUAGCCUUAGUCAAUAAACCUGUAGGACUUUGAGCAAAAGCGUUCCCAUGAUGUCCACAGCCCAGCAGUGUUGAGCUGUCACCAACACUCGUGUCUCUAAUUUACUGUUGCAAUAGUAGGUGAAUAUGGAGAUAAAGGCAUUCCACAGACUCAGCAUUUUAAAAGGAAUUCUGGUCCUGUUUUCUAAAACAGCAGUGUAGACAUUGUUAAUUUGGAUCUAUUUAUUUGUGAGCAUUUCACUUGUCUUCAGCAGCCGGUGUGGUACCCAUUUCUUCUUAAAAACAAAACAAAAACAGGAAUCAGAAUUUUUUUUUUGUUUGUUUGUUCUCAUAAUUCUCUUAGACUCCUUUAUUUUUGAAAAAUUAAAACCUUUCUUUGGGGGAAAAUUCUUGGUUAUUCUGCCAUGACAGACUAUGUAUUCACUUGUAGAUUUGGUAUCUUUGUAUCUGUGUAGUCUCUUGCUGAUGUUUCCAGAAGGAUUUCCUGUAUAGGUGAAAGGUAAAGGUGGUUGGGAGGGGGGAAUUUGUCCUUCUUGUACCUUUGUUUUGAACUAGAAAUCUGUCCUGUGGCAUGCAAAAAGAAGGCAAAUUAUUUUCAAAAGAAAAAAGAAAAAAAAAAAAAAACCCAAAGUACUUUGGUGUCAUUAUUCUACACUCUCUGUAGUGGAGGAAUUCAAAGUUAGAACAGCCGACUUCCCGAGUUGUUACCAGAACUCAGCUGAAAAGGAAUGAAGAAGACUUCUGGAUCCAAAGCCUUAAGAGAGUCUACGUGUGCUAACAGCCUAGUGUCCCCCACAUCUGUUCCCACGACAGAUGCUGUCUUUUCAUUCAGAGAUUAACUAGUGUCUGUACAGAAAAUGGUCUUCCCAGACCCGUUCUUUCAGGCGGUGAUGUAAAUGCAGAUUAAUAAUGGAGCGGUUUCUGCAUUUUAAAAAGGAGAUUUUUUUACACUGUUUUCUUUCUAUCCAAAGAAACUAUUUUUUUCUUUAAAAAAAAAAAAUGAUAAUACAGCCAUGGUCUUUGUAAAUUGCUUUCCUGCAGUGUCCUCCUCGAGGACAAGUGUACACAUUUUCAAAACUGUCCCGAUUCCUCAUGAUGAUGGGCAUGAGCCGUACUUGAAGCAUUUGGUGUGUAGUCUCCUUCUUGGUGUACAGUUGCAUAGAUCCGUAUCAUGUCAUUUUGGACAGUAGGUGGUUGGUGAACUGUGUGGUUUUAGUUGUGUUCCAUUUCUAACUUUACAGGUGAAAAGAAGAGAUAAUGUUUCAACAUUCAGAAAUCUUUUUAAAUUUUUAUCUGCAAUUUUACAUAUUCCCAUUAAACUAGGAAAGUAAGUGGUUUAACUAAUGUAUCUGUAUAAUUGAACUAGAAACAUGCAGUUUGGGCCAUUUUUAUUUUUAUAACCAAAUUGAGUGGUGAAAUAUAUGCUUUGGCUUCUUCUAUUCCUAAAGGUACAAAAACCAAGAAACUAAGAUAAGAAAUUACCUCUCCUCUCCAUGCCCAAAGAAAUAAAAUUUAAAAGAGGGGUAAGAAGAAAGGCAGCUAUUGUAAUGAUAACAUUAGAGCUAGAAAAUUAGCUAAUGCAGAUGUGUUCAGUAUAUCAUGAAAUGUAAGAUUGUACAUGGGUAACAGAAUUCAGAACAGCUAACCUCUUACCUGGACAGCAAAAUGAGUUUCCUGUAAACUCCUGGCAGGUUAAGAGUCAUGCUAUAGAGUCCUCCUGCUCUUAGCACAUGAUUUAAAAAUACAGAAGUCAUGAAUUCCCUUCAGCUCCACUCAAAGACAUGCCACACCUCUCCAGAAGCAGACCCUCUCCUGCCACGCCCAUGGAUAUUCACUUUUGGACCCUGUUAAGAAGUUUUUGACACAUGUGUACCCUAACAGUGGCUUUGGUUUUUUAAGCACAAAGGGGGAAUGGCAGGGUUUAACUUCUUUAGUGUGUAUAUAUAUAUAUAUAUAAAUAUAUAUAAAUAGGUGUUUCAAAUAAAAUUAAUUGGUUGAAUGUGAAUAAGUUUUGAACCAGCAAGAGUAUGAUAAACUAUCAUUAAAUUUUUUUCUUCUAAAAUCUAUAUGUACAGAACACACACACACACAUUUUUGAUUUUGUGUGAGUGUGUGGCGGGCUCCUUCUGUUGUAGGAUACACUGAUUGUGCUAGCAGAAAUGUAUGCAGUUACUUCAUAUUGUCAUUGUGCUCUGCCCCCUCUCUUAGGUAACAUAGAUACAUCUGUGUCAAGAUUAGGGAAAACAUAAAAAAAAUCAGGAGAAUGAGUUUCAGAUAAAAAAAAAAAUCUUAAAAAUUGCAAUGAAAUCUCUAGUCUGAAUAAUUACCUGUUUUGAGGAAAGGACCAAUAAAUUGGGGGGGGGGGGGCUAUUUUUUCUUUAUCAAAACCAAUUUUUGUUAAUACCUCUUAUAGUCCAACCUAAUCCUAAAAACAACAGUUAUUAGGCCUGCAUAACAUCCCAUUUGCCAUAUCAAGCCCUACAAAUGUAGUUGACACACUUGUUUAAGAGCGAUUUAACUCUCUAUGUAAUGAGUUGGUUGUUCAGUAUUGAAAUGGUUAAUGUCUGUGUUUGGUGGCUUGUGUUCAUCCUUCUCACUGUGGAAGUGGUCAGCUCUAGAGUAAUUUGCUGUAUGCUUGUUACUUUCCACCUUUACCGUUUUGUGUACCAAUGCUAUGUAUUCCUAUAUUUAUAUAUAUACAUAUAUUAUCAGAAUAAUCUUGCUUUGGACUGUUGUUCUCAAACUAUGACUAUGAUGUAGAGGUGACUACGACUGCCGAGAAUGUGGAGGAAUCAAUUCCCACGGCGUAGGUUAAUCUUGGGCUGGAAGUCUGCAUCUUUCAACCUCCUCUGUUUUAUAUGAUGCUUUUUAUUAUGUAGGCACUGCCAUCCUGAAUAUUCCUUGUAAAGAUGCAGUCAAUUUCAAAGGAAGACAAAGCCACUGCUGUCUGUACACUGUAAAUAUGUAUUUUGGCACUUGUACUCCAGUAUUCUGAAAGCAGAGCUCUGAUGGAAAUACUGACAGAUCUUUGAUGGUGGCCAAUGCUACCCUGCAGUGCAAAAAUAAAUUAAGUAAAAAUGUAUUCUGAGAUUAGCAGUGCAAGGCCGACAUGUUUUACAAAUCUGUCAGUAUCUUUCUAAUGGAGUGUGUAUGUGUAGUUAUGUUGAAAGAUACACUGUGUAUGUGUGUACAUGCUUUUAUGUGAACUACAAGGCACACAGAAGAUGUAUUUCCCAUCUCUAAAUCCCAUGUUGAAAUGUUAAGUGCAGAUGGACAGAAAUAGGUGUUUUACUUAAAUUCAUACCCAAUCUGUUGUGACUCCUUUUUUUUUAACUUUACAAUGUGUAGUCUUACAGAUUUGUUUGCUCAGUGUAGCAUCACUUAAGGGACAACAAGCCCCUUAGCCUUUCCUCAUAAAAAGAUGCCGUGUCUAAAGAAUGGAGAGAUUGAAGGCUCCCAGAGAAUGGACCAUGUCCUCCAAACCACCUGAGUGCAGAGGCCAUUAUUUGCCUUUGGGUACCCAGUUCGUAAGCCUGUUUCUGUGUCUAAAAACCAGUUCAUAGUUGAAGCUCUGUAAUGACUAGUCAAGAAACAGCAGGCACAGUCUUAGAAUAAACUGAAUUAUUUAUGCAUAGUC